ACCACCAAUAAAAUCCACUUCAACCCGCAGCAUCCUCAAAAAAGAAAAAAUUUUGAAAUUGGAAAACGUACGGUCAAUAUUUUUCCUUCGCCAGAAUGAAGACCAUCGUCGAGACGACUCUGUCUGAACGCUUGCAGGAUUCCGAUAUUUCGGACUGAGCCGCCAGUACUAAUACUAUACGGAGAGAAAAUGGAGCUGCCGCUGAUAUCUACCAUGUCAAACCGUCAUGAUUCUAUCACUUCAUUUUGCAGUUGCCGAGAAUUUUAUUGCUGUCCUUGUUAUGGUACUAGGACAGUUAAUUUUCCGGCGAGGAAGAUGAGGAGGGGUAUUCGCUUCAACAGAGUAGGGAGAGUGCAUAAACGGUGCGUUAAGGCGUCCGCUGGGCGCAGCAGCGAAGGAAUCGAGGCGAGGGAGAGCUUCGUAGGAGGACCUGCCAUGGAUGUUACCACAUCCGAUCGCAGCUUCAGUGAUGACGCUUCUGACUUCGCCUUUUGGGAGAAAAUUGGCGCCGUUGUUAGACUUAGCUACGGAAUCGGUAUUUACGGUGGGAUGGCUGUAGCAGGAAGGUUGAUAUGUUCCUUCACUGGGAUUGAUUGUAUGGGAGGUUUUAAUCCGUCCUUAGAUGCUGUUUUACAAGGACUUGGAUAUGCCGCUCCUCCAAUUAUGGCCCUUCUUUUUAUCCUAGACGACGAAGUAGUGAAGUUGUCGCCUCAUGCUCGAGCCAUCAGAGAUGUGGAGGAUGAGGAACUUCGAAGCUUCUUCUAUGGAAUGUCACCAUGGCAGUUUAUCCUAAUUGUUGCUGCAAGCUCAGUUGGUGAGGAGCUUUUCUACCGCGUGGCUGUUCAGGGAGCUUUGGCUGAUGUAUUUCUUAGGGGCACUGAUUUGGUUACAGAUACCAAAGGAAUGGCAUCUCUGACAGGACUGUUCCCACCUUUUGUGCCAUUUGCUCAGGCAUUUGCUGCUGUUAUAACUGCUGCUCUUACAGGUUCUCUCUAUUACAUGGCUGCCUCACCAAAAGACCCAACUUAUGUUGUUGCACCGGUUCUGCAAUCUCGCUCCGGCCGUGAAGAUCUGAAAAAGCUAUUUGCAGCCUGGUAUGAGAAAAGACAAAUGAGAAAGAUUUACUCUCCAUUGCUAGAAGGACUUUUAGCUCUCUACCUUGGUUUUGAGUGGAUCCAGACUAAUAACAUUCUGGCACCAAUUAUCACCCAUGCCAUUUACUCUGCUGUUAUACUGGGGCAUGGUCUAUGGAAGAUUCAUGAUCAUCGGAGACGACUACGUCAAAGAAUCCAGCAGCUUAAGUUGGAAGGAAAAAAACUCCACUCAUAAAAGUUCAAUACCUCAUAAUGCCAGGAAAUUUGUAUUAUAUCUGAGAAUACAGUUUAGAGACUUUAAUAGACUUAGGAUACUGAAAGGCAGUGUUUUCUUCGCAAAAAAAUGAUUUAGUAAUAUAUACUUGGUUUAGACAUAAUAGAGUAGAUACUAAGAGUUUGUAGAUCAGAUAAUACGAUGUUUUUGUUGUGAAGACAUCGACUUGUACUCCAACUAAAUGUAUCAGAAAAAAAAGAAAACUAUCACAGGAUGGAUAUUCAACUA